GGUAUAUCAAACUGCUGCAAUUGUAUAAUUGCUCAAACGCAACUCUUUAAUCAGCCAAUGCGGCGUAUGUGUAAUAUUGCUAAUUAAAAGAGAGCAACCGACAUUUGAAGAGCUUAGUCAGUGGACGGCAAAGUCUCGUUGGUGUCUGGCAUGGAGGGUCAACUGCUGGCCACAGCGCGUCCCUAUCUGCAGUUCUUUUCGCUGAUCACGCUGAUGCCACCGCCCAGCAGCUAUGGAAGGGAUUCCGACCUUUGUCAGAGGCGGCUUUUGAUAUUCGCCUUUGGCUGCUACAGUUGUGGCGUCCUUCUGCUGGGCAUGUAUGUGACCUAUGUGAACAUAAUAACGCUUAACUUCGAAAUACGCAUAUUGGAGGUCGAGGAUUUCACAAGUGCCCUGGGCAUGGUGCAGAAGAUCUUCUACACAAUCCUGCUGGCCAUCAUACAUGUCAACAUGCUGCUCUAUUUUCGAAGACUGGGUCACAUUUAUAUGACUAUAGCUGCACUGGAGCUGGACUUGGAUGAUGCCUCCCAGUGCUUUGGUGGGCUAGUGAAGCAUACCAGAUUUCGUCAACGCUUGGCUCUUGUCAUCGGACUUUGGAUUAUGUUUCUGCUCAUUGCUUUUCCCAUCAUUACGGUUCCAGUAAUGACGGAGUACAUGAGCUGGUGCGACAAGAUUCUCACCGAGUUUUUAUUACUGGUGCUGCAAUUGAAAGGUGUGGAGUAUGUUUUGUUUGUGGUCUUAGUGCAGGAACUGCUGCUGCGUUUGCGCCACAUGCUUAUCUACCUGCAGCAGGAGUUGACCGACUGCAAUCAGCGCGACCUGCUCCAAGCCCUGUGCAUGGCACUCCUUCGCAACAAACAGCUGAUGGCGCGUGUUUGGAAGCUGGUCGGCGAACUGGAGACAUACUACCUGCUGCCUAUGUUAUGCCUGUUCCUGUACAAUGGACUGGCCAUGCUCCACAUCGUCAAUUGGGCUUACAUACAGGCGUUUAAUCCGAGCGAUUGUAGCAAUUGUCGUUUCUUGCGCGUUGGCAACUUGAUGCUUCUGCUUAUCAAUCUUUUGAUACCCUGCUGGCUUACCCAAAACUGCAUCGGCACAUACAACAGCUUUAAACGCAUUAUUCACAAUAUUCGCUGCGAUGGUGGUCACUAUUGUCAGCUUUACCAUUAUUUUGAUACAGUUCAAGCUGCAGGGCAUUGCCGAUGCAAAGAGGUAGAUUAUGCAGAAAAGCCAGCCAAAAGCUCACUGAAAGCCAUGCUGGAAUUAACAGUCUGUUAG